AUGUAUUUGUCUAUAGUAAAAGAAGUUCAGCCCAUCUAUCUCUCUAUCUAUAUAUCUACAGGUUCAAAGUUAAAUAGAUCUAUCUAUCUAUCUAUCUAUCUAUCUAUCUAUCUAUCUAUCUAUCUAUCUAUCUAUCUCACUAUGUUAAUAUCUAUCUAUCUAUCUAUUAGAUUAAAGUUAAAUAGAUCUAUCUAUCUAUCUAUCUAUCUAUCUAUCUAUCUAUCUAUUAAAUCAAAGUUAAAUAGAUUUAUCUAUCUAUCUAUCUAUCUAUCUAUCUAUCGAUUGGAUCAAACUCACUAUGUUAAUAUCUAUCUAUCUAUUACAUCAAAGUUAAAUAGAUCUAUCUAUCUAUCUAUCUAUCUAUCUAUCUAUCUGCACUUCCCUGUCGGUGCCUGGUUGAGUUUGCGCGUGUUUAAUAACACUAAUCAUACAUCGAAACGUUUUUCUUUCUUUUUCUUUCUUCCCGCCUUUAUAUCUUCUCGCCAUCUUUCUUUCUUUCUGUUUGAUUCCUUUACUCUUUCUUUCUUUCUUUCUUUCUUUCUUUCUUUUCGUUUGAUUCCUUUACCCUUUCUUUCUUUCUUUCUUUUCUCCUUCCCCUCAUUCUUUCUACUUUCUUUUAUUUUUUCUUUCUCUCUUUUCUUUUUUUCUCCCUCUCUUCCUGUCUUUUUUUCCUCUCAUUCUUUCUUCUUUCUUUCUUUCUUCCUCUUUUUCUUCAUUUCUCUGUUCAUUUUCCCCCGUCAUUUUUUUAUUACUUGCUUCUUACUUUCCUUUCUAUCUUCUCUUGUUCUUUCUUUCUUUCUUUCUUUCUUUCUUUCUUUCUUUCUUUCUUUCUUUCUUUCUUUCUCAUUUCCUUAUUUCCUCUCAUUCUCCCCCCUGCCUUCCUUAAUUUCUUUACUUUCUUCCUUCUUUUCCCUUUCUAUUCUUUCGUCUCUCUCUCUCUCCUUUCCUUCUUCCUUUCUCUCUCUCUGCGUUCCUUCCUCUCCUUCUUUAUACAUUCUUUCAUUUCUUCCUCCUUUUUCCUUCAUUUCACCCCCUCCCUUUCUGUUUACUUUUUUCUCCCUCUCAUUAUUUUUUCUUUCUUUCUCUUCUUCCACUUUCUCUUCUUUCUUUCCUUCAUUUUUUCCUUUCUCUUUUCUUUCUUUCCUUCAUUUUACUUCUCUCUUUUUCUUUCUUUCCUUCAUUUUUCCUCUCUCUUUUUCUUUCUUUCCUUCAUCUUUUUCCUCUCUCUUUUUCUUUCUUUCCUUCAUUUUUCCCCUGUCUCUUUUCUUUCUUUCCUUCAUUUCUUUUAUCUCGCUUCUUUCCUUCUUUACAUCUUUCUUCUUUUUUCUUUUCAUUUUUCGUCUCUCCCUUUCUUUCUUUCUUUAUUUCCUUCCUUUUUAUCUUUCAAUCUAUCUACAUGUCGUCCGCGUUUUGGCACAGUGUCUUUAA